AUGUUGUCCCCCAAGUACAUUGCGCUUGCGCUUGUCGCCACUGUGUUCGCGUUGCCGUUCAAGCGUGAAGUGCCUCAGGAGCACUCCCACGAGAUUGUGCUCUCCUCCGUUCGGCCUUUGCUUGCUUUGAACAACCCUCAGAAUAUUCAGGACCCUGUCUUCGCUCUCCUGGGUGAUGCGGCAGCUGCCCAGGGCGCUGGCUCAGUCACGAACCUCGCAUGUCUCCAGCAGGCCGUCGCCGACCAGUCCUUCACCAACGCCAAGGCUGCCGGCAACACCACUGGCAUGGUGUACUCGCUCAUUUUCCGUGGUCUCGAGCGUAACACCGGUGCUGUUGGUACCGCCUCUGCGAUCUGUAACGAAACCGCUACGAACCCCGAGGUUGCAGCCAUCUCGCAGCACCAGGAUCCCGCCUCAGACAACGCAGCCGCCACAAACAAAGCCAUCGUGCUCGAGUUGGCGAAGCAGAUCGCAUCCAUUGGCGGCGACCCGACGCUCGCGUUGAUGUCCGGCACGUUCGCGGCGGGCACGAUCGGCGACCCGACCGCCAAGGGUAACACUUGCGACGACGCGAACGACCAGCUCGGGUGUAUCCUCACGCAGAACCUCUUGGUCGACGACGCCACCACGGAUGAGAUUAACUCUGCUGUCGCCGGUAUCAGUUCCGGCUCUGCUGGCGCGGGUGCCGGUGCUUCCGGCUCUGCUGGUGCGGGUGCCAGUGCUUCCGGCUCUGCUGCCGCGACUGCGACCAGCGCUGCUGACGACUCCAGUGCCACUUGCGGCGCCGUCGUCACCGUGACCGUUACAGCUACCGGCGCUGCCGCAACGUCCAACGUCGCCGUUGCCUCGGUCACUGGCACUUCUGCUGCUGCGACGGCGACGGCGUCGACUGCUGCCUCGGCCAGCGGCAACCUGCAGACCUUCACCGGUGCCCUCGGCGGCAUCGCACCGCCCGCUGUGACCGCGGGUGGGCGCGGCUUCGUCGUCGCGAACAACGACGACUUCGUCAACGUCGCCGCGGCGCUCGGCCGCUCGUGCGACGUCCAGCACAACCAGUGCGCCAACGCUGCGAACUCGGGCAGCCAGUCCGUCACCGUCUCGGACUGCGACCAGCAGGACACCCAGUGCAAGGCCGCCGCGUCCUGA